AUGCUUCGAGAUGCUUCGAGAUGCUUCGGCCAGGGGAACAGCGGCUGCUGGGGAGGCGACUUCACCUUCGAGCGCUGCUGCAUCGACUCGGAGGCGCCCCUGCCUGCGCCGCUGGCGGAGUCCUCCGCCUAUCCAGGCUGUUUCGUCCGCGACGUGGUCUUGCGCCAUGCUGGCGCACAUGCGGUCUUCGCGGACCUCUCUCUCUACGGGCACCAGGGGUGUUUCUUGAAGAAUUGCUCCAAUACCGACAAGUUUGAAGCGGUGGACCCAGGCAUCUGCGCACGGGCCUGUGCAGCUGUGGAAGGGUGUACGGCUUGGAGCUAUGGGCAGCAGUACGGAACCAAGAAGUGCUUCCUCCGGAAAUCCGAUGAAGGUCGCGCCUCAUUGCCCCACUGGAUCAGCGGCCUGAAGGCCUGUGCGCCGAAAGCGCUCCUGCCGGCUGCGGUGGCACACAGCGCGGCGAACAGUGAGGGGCUGAAGAAGUGCGAUGCUGGUAAAGGGGAGGACGGAAUGGAGGUGCGCUCUGCGAUGAACACCUGGAUCUUCGCCAUCGACCAUUUGCAGAUGGCCUUCCGUGGCCGUGUCGAUGCCGACACCUGGCAACACAUCGAGCGCAUUGGACAGGAGUCUCGGAACUUCCUCCAGCAGCUGACGUCGCCGUAUCGGCCCAGUGACAAGGACUUCCCCCGGGUGGUCUACAACAACCGGCCUGGGGCACCCAAUCGGAGUAGGUUGAUCUUCACUCACUUGGAAGGUGCUUUGGCGUCUCAGUCUUCUUCGGAGUCCUUCUUCAGCGAGGACGCCUCCCUGCCGCCGCAUGGCCGAAGGAUGCCGAGAAGCAUUCCUGGUAUGGUGAUUUUGGUCAAAUACUAUGACACAUCAUAG